AUGGAGGCCCAACCCCAGACGAGGAGAAAUCCGAGCAGUCGACUUGAUCACGUGGACUCGGAUGAGCACAAAGCGCAGACCUUUGCUUGCCCAUUCUACAAGAAUAAUGCUACUCGAUCUGCAAAUGCCAUAUGCCGCAACGUUCAAAUGCUUCGCAACAUCGCUCGCGUGAAGCAACAUAUCGCUCGAUGUCACCUUCAGCCACUGCACUGCGCAAGAUGCUGGAUAACAUUCCCGAACCUGGGGGGUCUCUUGGCCCACCAACGAGCGUCGACUCUAUGCGUGCCAAGUCAACAAGCAUGUACUAUUGAAGGAGUGAACGAAGCCCAAAGGCGCCUUCUUUCAAAGAGAUCUCGAAAUGUUUCAAGAGAGGAUCAGUGGAAAGAUGUCUAUCGGAUUCUCUUUCCUGAAGUAAAAGAAUGUGAUAUACCAAGCCCGUAUUUUGAAGAUCCUGCAACCCAGCAAUCCGCGCGAUUGAGAGAGAACGAAGCGUGCUUGCCUCAAGAACCUCCAUCAGUACUAUCGGAAAACUUGCGCAGAUCUGGCGUUCAUUUCGUGGAGGAUAAGCUCAAUGACUUCUCAUGCGACCUAGACUUCUCGUCAUUCCACUCAGAUCACUCCCCAUUCCACUCAGAUCUCUCCCCAUUCGGCCUAGACAUCUUAUCCAUCUUUGAGCCCUCAUCAACUCAGGCGGUCCCCCCAACCGUGGCCUGCGAUGCGCGAUUUCCCUCAAAUGACCCGGCCCCGAUCCCAUCGGAUGAUGCCAGUUACGAUCGGGAAUUGAAAUCUGUUGACAGUUGUCUCAGUCCCAGCAGCACUCGUCGUUUGAGUUUGACAUCAGAGGAGAACGUACAUGGUACCAAAGCAAACACUGCAGAGAAACUGGGGCUACUUGGUUCAAAAGAGGACAAAAAUGACGAUAUCCCAUACACGGACUCUGGAUACGCAUCUGCUAGGGGUCCGGUUUACCCCUCAAUGUAUCAGGAAAAUGCCGAGAACCCCAAUCACGCAAACUGUAUCCAUAAAGAUUCAACAAGCGAUAUGGAUGCAAACGACGCCAACACAUCAUAUUCUGCAGUCACGGCAAUUUUCCCAGAACUCGCGGAUAAUUGUGUCGUCGAUGUUUGCAAUAACAUCAAUAGUAGACUCGACGGAUUAGUCGACAGGCCAACCUUGGUGUCAUUAUCAAAGAGACUUCCUGAACUCAUCAAAGCAUUUGCUAUCAAGCUAGGCUCCGACAUGCCAGACCAAAUUAACCUCCGUGUCAUGCACUUUGUCCACAAGCACCACCAAUACAUAGUGUCGCAAUUACGAAACGAGUUCCAUUGCGAUGUAAACGAACCAACGAGUCUCCAGAAACAAAUGGACACCAUGCCCCUGGACGAAAUCAUGAACAUGUGGGACAAGAAUGACAAUCAACGUCCUGUAGCAGUGGACCCCAGUGAAUACCUUCAGGGCGUCGAGGAUGAGGACGUCGAGGAUCAGAAGGAAGACAUUUCUGCACUGUCAGAGUAUAGUCAGAGAAUUGUAAACAGUGCGGCGUACGAAUGGCUGAUUUCCAGUCUUGUCAAGGAGGCAACACUCCACUGCGACGACGCUCAACCACAGACGACGAUGGAUCAGAUACGCCAAGAGAUCCUAACACAACUCCCGACGGGUCGUAUCAGCUCAAAGCGCCUCCCCACUCAGCACACGGUCUCAUUCAGGAUACCCAAAAGCUUUGUGCCAUUCCUUCCGGAAGAUGCGGUCCUUCCGUCAUCGUUCCACUCACAAACGGCGAUUGCUGACCGUAUCGUCGCAACAUCUUUGUCGGACGACAGCAUACAACUAUUAAAAGUGAGUGAGUAUAUGGACCAGACUUGGCCUCUCGGCGGAGGGACAUUGUUGUCCGUUCUUCAAAGCGUCAUCAACGGGGCGGGACAGGCUAGAGCUUCUAGUACUCUGGAGGGUAACGGCGUGAUUGAGAUUAUUCUCAAUGGCUCUUACCUCGAGACAUUUGUCACUGGGACUUCCUAUUCCAUAGCAGAAUAUGGGGAACAAUUGGCUUGGCUAACGGCAGCUCUUCAACCCGCAAUCUCCAACCUAGGAACGUACGUCAGGCCGUUCAUGCGGCAUGUCGAUAGCUAUACUACUCCAACCGAAAAGAGACACAGUUGGGUUAUUGAACUUGUGAAAGAGCAAAUAGACGACACGGAUAGCACUGCCUGCUCUGUUCAAGAGUGGCAAAACGAGCCCAAGACCCCAGUCAUUGUGCAGGGAUUUCCAAUCCUGAGUCGCCCCGGAAACUGCCCUGGAAUUGAGGUACCUUGGCAAUUGCCUAUCAGUUUGGCACCAAGUCUGAUAUGUAUGGGAAAGGCAAACCGAUUUUUGCUGACUGCGACUGGAAAGGUUUUGCACCUAUUCGCACAAACCCAAGGUGUGACCAUCUGGCACAUUCUCAGCUCUCCCAGAGAAGACUGUACAUGCCAUCAACGCUUCUUGAAGACUGAUGACAAGAGACCACUGUCCAGCCCAGAUUUGGUCCGUAUAUGGCAAGGUCGCCACAUUAUUACUGCUUGUUCUACUGCAGAGUUGUAUAACAAAGGUCAAGAGCCAGGAUUGGAUCCCAAGAAAGAAAGCGCAGAGGUUCAACGACGAAAAGACUCGCUGUCAGGAGCGACUCGACCUUCUCCAUGUACAAGCAGUACAGCUGAUUGUUCAGACUCCCUGGACGUGGACAUGCUAUCGAUACCGGACGUUUCUGAAGACAGCGUGAUCGGGUCUCAAGACUCUGAUGAUGCCACGUCGUCAAUCAUGGCCGUGGUGGCUACUCGUUUGAUUUCCGAGUAUCAAAGCUACACGAAAUGGAGUCCGGCAAAUGAAUGUGCUAGCAACACGAAGCAAUGCAGUCCGGGACAGCAGCAAUCAUGCAAAACACAGGGCAGUACGCAGAGCACUCGCGGGGAGGGUACCACUCAGGCCAAUUCGAUAGAGUCCACGAGAAAACGGCCCAUGGGACAGAAUGACAGGAACAGCGACGAUGAUGAUUCAUAUCCCCCACCAAAGCGGCAGAAAUCAAAACACCAUGACUCUGGCAAAAGCCUACAGAUUUUCGCUUGCCCCUUCUGGAAGCAGAACCCGGGGAAGCACCACAACUGCUUCGGCAAGAGCCUCGACGACAUUUGCCGGAUCAAGCAGCACCUUGCCCGUAGUCACACGCCAAAAUUCUACUGUGGUAAAUGUUUAGAGGUAUUUCCUGACACGACAAACCAGCUCACGCACCUGCGCUACGCUGAGUGCAGCUUCCAAGACAAUCGGUUUGAAUUUAUAACAUCAGAGAAGCAAAGCGAGCUCUCGCGCAAGCGAAGAUCCGGCCUCAACAAGUCGCAACAAUGGUUCGUAGUUUGGGAUAUCUUGUUUCCAGGUCUGUGCCGGCCUUCAUCUCCCUAUCUGGACCUUGGUAUCUCCCCAGAUUUCAACCAUUUCCUCGAAUUUUAUGAGAGCCGCGGCACGACGGUAGCCAUCGAAAUUUUGCGUGAUCGGGGAAUUCUAGCGUCCGGUGGUGGCGAGAAUGAUGAAGAGGUCCAGAGGACCCUGAAUCACGUCAUACAUGCAAUCCUUCGCGAAUGGCGAUUUGAUUGGGACAGCCUAUCUCAGAAUACCACCUCUGAGGGCUCUUCCUCGGCAGAAGCACCAAGACAACAGCAGCAUAAUGGACGACGGCGCGUACGAAUGCCAGUCUUGACGGACCCAAGCUCCAACGCGGACAGUGGUAUCGAGCUUGGCUCACAGCCCUCAUCCGGGCCAUCACGCGAAGACGCAAAUCUCCCGCCUUAUGUUCCCAUACAACCACGACCUCCAUUGGGUAGCAGGCUAAACAUGGACUCCACUGAAACGGCCAAUCUGGGUGUUCAAGCUGCCGGGAUCCCUAGCAUUGACGCAAGUCCCUUGCAGGUCUUUGUCGAGCCUUCUUCCUUGAAUGUGGCUCAGUUUGACCAUCUCCAUCAGAACCGAGGGAACCGUUCCGAGCCCGAACCUCUGGAUUUUGAUAUUGGAGAGGAAUGGCCUGGGGUCUUUGGUGAUGAUUUUGAUACGAAUAGCUUUUUCGCAAGCUUCGAUAAUGGUCAUCUUGGAAGUAGCUGA